AUGAAAGCAGCAACUCGUCGCAAAGUAUCCUAUGUAGUUAAAUCUUGUAAUGAAGAACAAAUGCACUGUCUUGGAAUCAAUUCUUUAGCAAUCGAUACAUCAUUUCAUAACAAGACGGGUGAUAAUGCCGAAGGAGGUGUAUUAUUUUCAGCAGGAAGGGAUGGUAUUGUGGCAGGUUGGGAUCUGAAUAUGAAGUUUAAAAGAGAAAUUAUAAAUAGUGGAGAAAAAUGGAAAUUGGAUCUUCAAUCACAGACCAUCACACCAAAACCAACUUGUAAAAUUUUUUCACAAAUGCAUACAGAUUGGGUGAAUGAUAUUGUAUUAUGUGAAAAUGGGACAUGUGUUGUUUCUGCGUCAUCUGAUAGAACAAUUAAAUUAUGGAAACCAUACAGCGAUACGCCUAAUUCGUCAUAUACAAUUGGUUGGCAUACAGAUUAUGCAAAGUGUUUAACUUAUGCUUCGAAAGCUGGAUGGGUAGCAAGUGGUGGUUUAGAUAGACAUAUUAAUAUAUGGGAUCUUGAAAAAUCAGAAGCAGCAUUAACGAUUAAUACAAGCCCUCUCAAUCAUAGUACAGAUAGUUCAACUGAAACUACGUUACAUAAUAUUUCCAGCAAAUGUUCGAUAUAUGCUUUAGCAGUAAAUCCGACUGGGUCUCUUUUAGCAUCAGGAUCACCUGAGAAAGUAGUAAGAUUAUGGGAUCCUAAGUCAGGCAAACGAAUUAGUAAAUUGACAGGUCAUACAGAUAAUAUUCGUGCGUUAUUAAUUAGUGAUGAUGGACAAUUUAUUUUAUCUGGCUCUUCUGAUUCAACUAUUAAAUUAUGGUCUGUAAAAGCACAACGCUGCUUAACUACUUAUGAAACACACCCAGAUUCUGUUUGGUCGCUUUAUUCAGAUCAUCCCGAUUUAAAGACUUUCUAUUCAGGAUCAAGAGAUGGUUUAGUGACCAAGACAGAAAUUACGGGUCAGGCAGUGUCUGAAAGUGAUAGCGAAUGUAUUGGACUGUUCAGGGAGGAUGCAGGUGUUGUGAAAAUUGUUGCACUUGCAGACACUUAUAUAUGGACAGCUACAUCAAGCUCUAGCAUAAAUAGAUGGUUAUCUGUGCCUUCAAUUGAGUCUCGUCAAGUGUUACCUCGAUCAGAAUUUAAUCCAGAGAUCCCUAGUACUGCACUUGCCAAGUUACCUCCUUCUAAAUCAUCCUAUUUAUCUCCACUUCCUGAUUCUUUUGUUCCAAGUGAUCAACUUACUAUGUAUGCUGGUUCCGUUUUAUCAAUUCCAAUUAGUUGCCAAGAUGAAGAGUUAGAUAAUGAGGAAUCACUGAUUCCGUUAAGAACUAAACCAGACUAUGUUAUUCGAGAUACAAACGGAGAGAUUGCAAUGUGGGAUUUAACAAAGUGUAUUCAAAUUAAACAAUUUGGAAGAAGAGACAUAGAGGAUGUUGCACAGGAAGUAAACAGUCUAGAGUGUUUUCCUGCAUGGUGCUCUGUUGAUACUAAAAUUGGUGCUAUUACUGUUCAAUUACAUGAAAAUAAUUGUUUCGAUUGUGAAAUGUAUGCGGAUGAAGCGGAUUUACCUGAAGAGUAUGUGAUUGGAGAAGACCAAAGAUUAAAUUUAGGAAAAUGGGUGCUGGUUCAUUUAUUUAAAAACUUUAUUAAUAAGGAACUAGAAAGCCAAGAGGAAGGUAAUAUUCGAUAUAGAAAUAAUCAACAAACAGAUAAACCAGACUCUCUUAAGAAUCAAGUAGUACAAAUGUCAAAUGAAGAGCGUGCUACACUUGAACAAGCUCCCUCUGUGCCUUCUAUUCGUAUACCGACACUUCAGCUUGAUACAAACAAACCAAAAUUGCCCGAUAGUGCAUUGACGACUAAUAUAAAUCAGUCACCUUAUCUACCCUCCCAACAAGCUACUCAACCCAAUGGUCCAUUUACCGCUCCGCCUUCCUCCAAUGCUCAGUCUGAUUAUUUUUCAAAUUCACAUCACAUACCCACUCAUAGAGAAUCCUCUAUUCAAGUUCCUCCUCCUGCUACAUUGCCUACUUCACCCAUUUCACCUACCUCACCUACUUUAGCUACAAGUAAUAAUUUUAUGAAUCGUCUUAAAAAUUUAUCUGUCAAAACUAAAUUAUCACGGGUUCCAACAAAUGAAGAUAAAUCAUCUAUAAAUGAUGUAAUGGCUCCGACUAUCUUUACAACUACUAUGGAUGGAGCUCAUAAUAAUAAUGAAGAGAAAUCAGUACAAUCAUCAUCAGCAGCAGCAGCAGUACCACAAAAAAAUAGUGUACAAGAAACAAACACUACCAUCGAAGAGCGCAAAUCUAAUGAUGAAAUUGAAGAGAAUAAUAAACCUGUAAAAUAUACUCCACCACAUUUAGAAGACUUUCCACCAUUAGAGAUUCCGUUAUCAACUAUGAUUAUUGUAGCAGAAGAAAGUGCGGAGGCAUCAACUAGUAUUGAUUUGUAUCGAGGUGCAGUUAGCUCUACUGGUGACGAUACAAAUAAACUUAUUGAUGUUGCUCCUUCAUGGCUGUUAUCUUAUCUUCUCUAUAAUAAAACUCCUCCAAAAGAGACAGUAAAAUUAACUUUUAUAUUGAAGCCUGCAGAAGGUUCUAAAUUAGAUGAACUUCCAGGAGGGCCUAAUAAUCGUUUGCUUGCAAAUCGUGUCUUAAGAGUGAGAAAAUUGAUUCAAUACAUAGCUGAGAAAUUAAAGAUAGAGGAUGAAUCUUCAAUAGAAUUAUUAUGUGGAGAUACUGUUCUAUCUUCAUUGAUGACGUUGGCAACCAUUAAACAACAUAUCUUAAAAACAAGUGGAGAUAUACCCCUUUCGUAUCGUAUGAAAGAGGAAGCAUUGGCUAUUGACAGUAUAUGA